ACAAAAGUGUGUGAAGUUCACAUCGACUUGUCAUCAGAUGGUUCAGUCCGAGGAUGGCCGCUGCUGUCGGUGUAAAUAAACAGACGAGCGCAGCAGCGAUGGAGCCUUGUGUGAGACACGGCCGCAGUACAACCGCUAAUGCGGUGAAGGUGUUGGAGUGUGGUGUUUGCGAGGAUGUGUUUUCACUGCAAGGUGACAAGGUGCCGCGUCUGCUGCUGUGUGGACACACGGUGUGUCACGACUGCUUGACCCGUCUGCCUCUUCACGGCAGGGCAGUGCGCUGUCCCUUUGACCGACAGGCCACAGAGCUGGGAGACUCGGGUGUGUGGGGCCUGAAGAAGAACUUUGCUCUGCUAGAACUGCUUGAACGGCUGCAGAAUGGGGCCAGCAGUCAGUCGGGCAUGUCUGAGGAUGUGCUUCGAGAGAUGGGAGAGUGCAUAAUCCGCUGUGAUGAGGAUGAGACUCACACUGCUUCCAUGUACUGCACGGUUUGUGCCACACAUCUGUGUGCGGAGUGCUCCCAGCUCACCCACUCCACCCGGACACUGGCCAAACACCGGCGUGUGCCGCUGGCAGACAAGCCCCAUGAGAAGAUGCUCUGUCCACAACACCAGGUGCACGCCAUUGAGUUUGUGUGCCUGGAGGACGGCUGCCAGCCGGGGCCGCUCAUGUGCUGCGUGUGCAAGGAGUACGGGAAGCACCAAGGACACAAGCAUGCUGUGCUGGAGGCUGAAGCCAACCAGAUCCGAGCAUCUAUUCUGGACAUGGCACACUGCAUCCGUACAUUCACAGAGGAAGUGUCGGAGUACUCCAGGAAACUAGUGGGCAUCGUGCAGCAGAUCGAAGGAGGAGAGCAGAUCGUGGAGGACAGCAUGGGCAUGGCUCACACUGAACAUGUAGGAGUGUGUUUUGGGUUUUCAUAUUGCAUUUGCAAUCUAAAUAAGUUUGCACUGAACUCUUCCCUGGUUUCCACUCAGGUACCAGGAGCUGCCGAAAGCGCCCGGUCUUGCGUUCGUGCCUAUUUUGCGGAUCUCCACGAGACGCUGUGUCGUCAGGAGGAGAUGGCUCUGAGCGUGGUGGACGCACACGUCCGAGAGAGGCUGAUCUGGCUUCGACAGCAGCAGGAGGACAUGACCAUACUGCUGUCCCAGGUGUCCACUGCCUGCCUGCACUGCGAGAAAACCCUGCAGCAGGAUGAUUGCAGGGUGGUUUUGGCGAAACAGGAGAUCAACCGGUUACUAGAAACACUGCAGAAACAGCAGCAGCAGUUCACAGAGCUGGCCGACCACAUUCAGCUGGACGCAGGCAUCCCUGUUACCUUCACUAAGGACAACCGUGUGCACAUUGGUCCAAAAAUGGAGAUCCGGGUUGUGACUUUGGGGUUAGAUGGAGCUGGCAAAACUACUAUUCUCUUUAAACUGAAGCAAGAUGAGUUUAUGCAGCCCAUACCGACCAUAGGUUUUAACGUGGAAACUGUGGAGUACAAAAACCUGAAAUUCACCAUUUGGGAUGUUGGUGGCAAACACAAACUCCGUCCCCUGUGGAAACACUACUAUCUGAACACACAAGCGGUGGUGUUUGUGAUUGACAGCUGUCACAGAGACCGGCUGAUGGAGGCUCACAGUGAACUGGCCAAACUGCUGACGGAGAAAGAGCUCCGAGAUGCUCUGCUGCUCAUCUUCGCCAACAAACAGGACGUUCCCGGCGCGGUGUCUGUGGAGGAGAUGACGGAGCUCCUGAGCUUACACAAACUGUGCUGCGGCCGCAGCUGGCACAUCCAGGGCUGUGACGCCCGCAGCGGCAUGGGUCUACACGAGGGGUUAGACUGGCUCUCACGCCAGCUGGUGGCCGCAGGAGUGCUGGAUGUGGCCUGAGGGACGCUUAACCACACUUAAUAGACUUAUGACUUAACUAAAGCUGGACCAUGCCAUUUGCACAGUCACCCUGCUCCUGUUUACCCACAGUACCACGUCAUACCAUCAUACAUUAGUAGACUGGCUGCUGUGUGCGCUCAUGGCUCAGUGGUGUACAUAAGUGGAGCUUAAAUAGGAGGGAUUGAAGCGAGGACUCCAGGUUAAAUACAAGGCAACAUGCUGCCGGUUCCCAUCAAACAUCAUUUCAACUCCGCUCUGGCAGUUGCUUUGGUUGCCCUGUAGACAUGCUUUUUGUUGGAUAGUCCCUGCUUGGGCCCCUAUCACAGAGAUUGUAAUCAAAAACUUUUGCAGAUGCUGUUCAUUAAUGUGUAUUUAACCUGGAAUGUUCCUUUAAAAACAAGUUGAUGGACAGUACAAACUAAACUCUGUCAAAACAGUCAAAUUUGCUGAAAAUGUACUCGCUCUCAGGCCAUCCAAGAUGUAAAUGAAUUUGUUUAUUCGUGGAAGCAGACUUACAGUAAUGUAGCAUUGCAUCACUUGAUCACCAGAGGAUCCUCAUUCUGAUGGCACCCAUUCACUGCAGAGCAUCCAUUGGUGAGCAAAUGAUGCAAUGCUACAUUCCCCAAAUCUGUUCAGAUGAAGAAACAAACUCAUCUACAUCUUGAGUACAUUUUCAGCAUUUAUUUUCUUCACUUUUGAACUAUUCCUUUAACAUGUAGUUUAUGAUGCUCACUUUACUCAUUUUGAUCAUUUGUGUAAUAGUGACUAAUGCCUAGAGAUAUUUUGCACAUAUAUAGUAGAUGUGCUUAAGCAAAAUAUAGUGGUCAUUUCUGUACAGACACCCUCAUGAAAUCCCAAUAGUGUUGUGUGCAAACAGCACAAGGUUUAGAUAGAUCUAUUAAAUGUUUAAUCAUAGGAAAAGCCCCUGAGGAAAGGAGAAAACUAGGCAUCAGUGAACAGAUUUACAGUUUCUGCAAUGUGAAGUGUCUGUUCAUGUGUCAGAUUAGCUACUGAAAUAGUGAGAAAAAACGUGAUCACAUUCCAAUGCCAUCGUUCUAAAGUUACAUGAAAGUAGUGGGGUGAAGUUCACAAAAUCUGAUAACAUGAAUAGGUCAUGCUUUCCUUUAAUAUAUCAAAGAAAAAAAAAAAUUAUAUAUUGGCAUUAAGAAACCUGUUUUAGGAGCAUUAAAAAUUUUCUUUACAAUCAAGCACAUCUUACCCUCAUAUUCUCAUUAACGUAAUGUAAAAAAAACCUAAAUCUCAUUAAUGUGAAAUGCUACACAUGGUAGGAUUGGCUUUUAUGGAUUCAUGUUAAAAUAAAUCGUAGUACAGUAGUGGAAAUUAUAACUGGGAAGAAAUUUCAACACAAUUGUAUGGAGUAUAAUGUGCUUCAUUGUUAUGAAAAUUACGAGAGCUAAAUCUUUGUAAAGUUUGAAAAAUAAGCAGUAUAGGUUGUUUUUUUCUUUUUUUUUUUCAGUUAUGCAAAUUUAAAUUGAUUUUGGGGGGAAAUGUGAUUCACCCAAAAGCAUACCAUUAUUAUAAUUUUUUUAUGGCUAUUGUGACUCUUUGGCUUUAAAUGAGCCUAGACAUAUUUAUUGAAAUGUACAUUGUGGUCUUAAGACUGGUGCAUGGUUGUAGGUGUAUUUUCACCAUGUUAGGAGAGAUGGACGUGUCUGUGGCAAAAAUUAAUGUUACUGAUAUUUAUAUUUUAGGAUUGUAGUUGUCAUAAAAUGUACAAACUCGCUCCCAGUUCAUUUGUCCACUGCUUAUUAAUAUCUGGCUAUAUCUCAUUUGUUAGAGCAAUUAUUUCUUCGCAUCUUAACUAAAGCAAGAACCGUUACAUUAUAUGAAUAUUGGUUCAUUGGUGAUCUUCAGCUAUAACACAGAUGUGGCUGUAUGUAAACGCUCCAUUAUUUGACAGAUUAUCCGCAUUAGUCGGUUUUAGGAACCAUCCUUUGGUUUGAAACAGUGAUCCUCAUUGCUAUGUGAUGUUGCCUAACUGUAUUUAGAUGAAACGCAUGUGUGAAGCCUUUCCUGGUCCCCUUCGCAGGAGGAUCUGAAGUUGUGAAAGGCUUUGUCGUCAAUGUGAGUUUUGAAGCCUCUCAAGAAGCACAGUGCACACAUUUGUUGUUGAUUUGAUGACGGCUUUUUGUAUAACCAUUCAUAAUGUUAUGCUAUUAAAAACAAUGCUGAAAACCCA